AUGCCAGUGCUAAGGCUAGGCAGCCUGAGGAGGAAGAGCUUCUCGCUGGUCCGUCGGACCAAACGACGGGCCACGUCCGCCUGGAGAGUCCUGUACAGGCUGCUCUUCCUGAGUGUGAACACAGUGUGCACACUGUACCAAACCUUUCAGGACAGUUCCGGGGGCCUAAUGGAGGGUGAAAAGGAGUCAACAGUUUCAGAAGCCACUCCACUCAGACCAUGUUCAUCUCAAAUAUCUGCCACUGAGAGACUAUGCAAGGUCAUCCAGGAACUGGUGGACACGGAAAGAUCUUAUGUCAAGGAUCUGAGUUGUCUGAUGGAAAUCUACCUGAAGCCGUUGCAGAGAGAGACAUUUCUUACACCAGAUGAGAUGGAGAGUCUGUUUGGCAGCUUACCAGAGAUGCUGGACUUUCAAAAAGUUUUCCUACAGACUUUAGAGGAAAAGGUUGCCUCCUCACCAGACUUCAGAUCACUACAGACCCCUGUGCAAUUUAAGAAACUGCUAUUCUCCUUAGGCGGCUCUUUCCUGUACUAUGCAGACCACUUCAAACUCUACAGUGGAUUCUGUGCCAACCACAUCAAGGUCCAGAAGGUCUUGGAACGAGCAAAAACAGAUCAAGCUUUUAAAGAGUUCCUUGAAGCGAAAAAUCCAACCAAGCAGCAUUCUUCUACGCUGGAGUCCUACCUGAUAAAGCCAGUGCAGAGAGUGCUGAAGUACCCCCUGCUACUCAGAGAGCUGGUGGUGUUAACAGACAAUGACAGUGAGGAACACUAUCACCUCACAGAGGCCUUAAAGGCCAUGGAAAAGGUGGCCAGUCACAUAAAUGAGAUGCAGAAGAUCUACGAAGAGUACGGCUCUGUGUUCGACCAGCUGGUUGCGAAGCAAAGUGGCAGACAGAGGGAGGAGGUCACUGAGAUUUCCAUGGGAGAUUUUCUCAUGCAUUCCUCCGUCAUGUGGCUCAAUCCCUUCCCAUCACUGGGCCGUGUGAGAAAGGAACCUAAGCUGACCUUGUUUGUGUUUAAGAAAGCUGUGAUACUUGUCUACAAGGACAACAACAAACUGAAAAAGAAGAUGAAUAUGCCAAGGUCGGUCCUGGCUCAUGGAGACAUGGAACAGGUUAAGUUCUGCUGGCUUAUUCCCCGGUCUGCAAUACAGGUUAAACUAGGAGAUGCUGCAGGUGAGAGUACAGAAACAAACUGCAUUUGGGAACUGAUCCACACUAAAUCAGAGGGCAGACCAGAGGCCAUAUUCCAGUUUUGUAGCAGUGGACCAGAGUGUAAAGUCAGUGUUAUCAAGGCGAUCCGCUCUAUUCUGAGGGAGAACGUUCGACGGAACUUGCUUGGAAUGGAACUUCCAGUUGAGAGGGUCUGUAAGGAGAAGCUUGUUCCGCUGAGGAGUGCUCUACCCUCCUCUGCUCGAUUGGGUUCUUCUCGAGCCUCUUGGAUGUGUAGACAGCCCCCAGCACAAACACUCGAAGCUCUGAGACCAGCCGAUCCAGAUUCAGACGACAUAAGCUCCAACAGUGGCAUGCACAGCAGUGAGGGUCUACCUCCAGAGCGCUCCUCACAGUCCGCAAUCACGAUUCUCCACGACUUCCCGACCGAGCAUGGCACGGUCGAAGAGUCACACGUCUCCAGAGAUCAAAACCGGGAAUUCAGUCAGCGUUUUAACGAACAGAAUUCUCUUCCUAGUACAUUAGAGGCUAAAUUCCAGCAGCUACACCUGACUGAAAAGGCUUCGCUGGAGCCCGCGCCUUGCGUGCAACCUGAGGGCAGUGAGGUUGACACGCCUGAGAGGCAGCCUUGUUUACGCCGUGCUCACUUCUGCCCCGUGAAGCGAAGACAGGGCAGAAAUGCUGGAGGUAGUUUCAGGCGCAGACAGGGUGCAUUACAGACUAUGCGGCAACACAGUCGCUCACUGGACAGUCAGACAGAGUCUAUGCUGGCGAAUGUGGAUUUCAACACCUUGCUCGAGAGGGAGUUCAGUGUCCAGAGCCUAACCUCCGUCACUAAUGAGGACUGUUUCUACGACAAUGUCGUAGAGGAGGGAAGACAGUAG